AUGACCGUCUACUCCCGAGUACUGGACAUCGGCUACUCCAGAUGGCACAGUUUUCAGGACAGGAUCCGAGACCCCAAGGCUCAGCGACGACUGGUACUGGUCAUCGUGUGUAUUGCCCUGUUGCUGGACAACAUGCUGUACAUGGUCAUCGUUCCCAUCAUUCCCAACUUCCUGACCCUGCAGAAGGAGCAGCAGGAGGAUAUGAAGUACCAAUACCGUUACUACAACAUGACACAUUCUGGCAACGUGUCGAACGACGUGACUCACGGCUAUGUUCUCGCCCACAAACUAAAUCCCAGCGGUCAGUUCAAAAAUGGGGAGAUCGUCAAUGUGCCUCAGGACGCCGUGUUAGCCAUCAAUAACACUUUCCACCCCGACCAUCAUCCUGACAACAGGAUAUACCUUCUGAAGAUUCCUGUCCCUCCACCUCCAAUCUCUUACGGUGACGAAGGUCUGGCUAUCGGCGUCUUGUUUGCUUCCAAGGCUAUUUGCCAGUUGUUUGUGAACCCGUUCACGGGAGGUCUCAUUGACAGAAUUGGCUACGAUGUUCCGAUGAUGAUUGGUCUGACUAUUAUGUUCUUCUCCACCUCCGUGUUCGCCCUAGGUGAAAGUUACGCUGUGCUUUUCUUGGCGCGAAGUCUCCAGGGAGUCGGCUCAGCAUUUGCAGAUACUUCCGGUUUAGCCAUGAUAGCUGAUCGAUUCACGGAGGAGGGCUUCCUUUGGCUCAAUAUCCUAAUCUUCAUGACCAACGUCAUGUACGCCCCACUGCUCAUAUUCCUCCGCAACAUCUACGUGUACAAACCCUUUGACAACGACAACGAGCUGCUCAUCGACGACCCUCCACCCAAAAGCUACAAUACCUACGUGCAGAAUGGCGGUCUUCACGGCAAGCCCGAGAUCCUGGACAACGCGGACAACUUUGCCAGCCAUCUCAAAAUCAGCAAUAGAAAAAGCAACGAAAUCGACUGCUACCCUCCCCCUACGGAGCCUGAGUACGUGUACAGCAAAGACACCUCUUACAACUUCUAUAACCAGUUUCAAUGA